AUGCGCAGACUUUCUGGUUAUCACACCAUGAUAGUCUCGAAGUAUCUUGAGACUAUCAAAGACUUAAUUAACUUAGGGUUGGUAUGCAAAAAGUUAAGAGGGAAUAUGGAGAAGUUCCAUUUUAACCCGAUUCCGUUAAAUUUCAAAACACUUGGAUACUUUCCAAACAUCGAGACACUUUAUUUGUGGGAUGUAAAAGAUGAGAAUUUUGGCAAUGGAUUUCUAACCAACACAAAUACAAAUGAAGAUUGUGAAAAUAAAAGUGUUUUAAAGAAAGAGUUCUAUCGAAUUAUUGUUUGGUUCAGUGUUGACUUUGAAACUUUUGACAGAAACAAAAGUCGACACAUCGAGUUUAAAAAUGUUACUUACACCGAAAAUGAUAGAAAGAAAUUUGGUAAUAACAUAACAUCUUGUGUGACAUCAAUUGGUGAUUUUUGUUUUUGUGAAUGCAGCAGUUUGAGCAGUGUUAACAUACCAUCAACUGUGACAUCAAUUGCCAGAUGUUGUUUCCUUGGAUGCAGUAGUUUAAGCAGUGUUAACAUACCAUCAAGUGUGAAAUCAAUUGGUGAUUGGUGUUUUUGUGAAUGCAACAGUCUCAGCAGUAUUACAAUGCCAUAUGGUGUUAUAUCAAUUGGUGGAAAUUGUUUCAGAGCAUGCAGUAGUCUAAGAAAUGUUAUUUUACCAUCAAGUGUUACAUCAAUUGGUAAUCAAUGUUUAUUAGGAUGCAGUGGUUUAAUUAGUGUAACUAUACCAUCCAGUGUGAGAUCAAUUGGUGAUUGGUGUUUUAGUGGAUGCAGCAGUUUGAGCAGUGUUAACAUACCAACGAGUGUGACAUCAAUUGGUGAUUUUUGUUUUUGUGAAUGCAACAGUCUCAGCAGUAUUAACAUACCAUCAACUGUGACAUCAAUUGCCAGAUGUUGUUUUAAUGGAUGCAGUGGUUUAAUUAGUGUAACUAUACCAUCCAGUGUGAGAUCAAUUGGUGAUUGUUGUUUCAGUGGAUGCAACAGUCUCAGCAGUGUUAUAAUACCAUCAAGUAUGACAUCAAUUGGUGAAUAUUGUUUCAAUAAAUGCAGUAGUUUGAGCAGUGUUAUAAUACCAACGAGUGUGACAUCAAUUGGAAUUCAAUGUUUCCCAUCAAAUACAGUAGUUGAACGAAAUUAA